AUGCUGAAUGAUCCUGAGGUUUGGAGAACCGUGUCAGUAGAUAAGUACCAGCGGCAUGAGGACUGGUACGGGUUUGAUGAAGGCAAAAUUGUUGAGUUCUUGCAAAAGUGCAAACAACAUAACAAUCCAGAAAUCAUUUACAGAGAAGCUAUUCAUGACUUCUUCCUAUUGAAAGAUGAUGAGGUACUGAAGAACCUGCGGCUGGCGGCUAUGGCAGGGCAUAUGGAAGCCUCCUACGUUGUUGGCUUGCUAGGGCUGGUGAACCCUAGCGAGGGCAAGGAGGAUGCGAUGGAGUUUUUGUGCCAUCAUGACUCCUCCAACACUUGCAAA